AUGUCACCUCUGAUAAAACGAGGCAGCAUCCCAGAUUCUGAUAAAUUCUGGGACGUCGAAGCGCUGGGCUUUGGAGCCUGCUCUUGGCCCCAGACCCUGGCCGAUGACCGAGGGGCUCUGGGUCGUCCUGAGGCCAAAGCCCUUGAGCUUCCCGAGUCGCGGGCUAUCAGUGAGAAGCACAUCUCACAGGCACGGACCCUCCCGGUUGUCACCCUUUGCAGGCUCAUUUCCUUUGACACCUCAUUUCGUUCCACCGCUGCCCGGCAGGCGGAGCAGGUGCGGCUCGGUGGCCCUGAGACACCGGCGGGGCCUUUGCCUCCUUCUCCUCCUUUCCCUGCAGCAGACGGGGAUUCUGGAGAUGGCGUGGAGGCCGAGGAAGUAGUCGCUGCGCUUCAGGAGUCCGUCAGCCUUCCCCUGGAGGUACCAUGCAACGACAAGGUCGAGGACGUCGUCUGGUCCUCUCGCAUAAGGCUUGCCACGGUGGUUCCAGGGAGAGAGGGACAGCCGGCUACCAUCACGGUGACCAACGCUCGAUACGCGGGCAGAGUGAGCUUCCCGGACCCCAGCUACUCCCUGCUCACCAGCAAUCUGAGCUGGGGGGACUCAGGGCCUUACAAGGCUCAGGUCAACCUGAGGACGUCCCAGAUCUCCGCCAAGCAGCGUUACAGUCUCCGUGUCUACCGAAAUGCCAAAGGCAGGUCUGUCUACCUUAGCAGCUGCCCGGGGAACCCUGGAAGCAGAUGUUAUGGUGGAUGGGUUCUGUUAGUCUCUGUUUACGUGAAGGGACUCUCAGGGGACACACCCUUCACCCCACUAUUGAGGAGCUGUAAUGUGUCCUUGAUGUGUUCCGUAGAGAAGGCGGGCCUGGAUGUGACCCACAGCUGGCUGUCCUGGGAACAUGGCCCUGAGACACUGACAGUCCGUGAGGGCUCUGCCCUCAGCGUGUCCCGGAGACCUGGGGACAAUGCCCUCUCCUAUACCUGCAGGGCCACCAACCCCGUCAGCAGCGUCCGUUCCCGUCUGGUCCUUGCCAGGCCCUUCUGUGCAGAUCCUGGCUAUGCCUUGGACACGUCCACUUACUUCUGCCUCUGAGCCAAAGGGCUGCUGUUCUCCUUCCUCGUGGUCACUCUGGCCGUGGGGCUCUGGCUCAUCUGAGCCCAGAAAAGAUGCAGAAUGCCAGGGAUAAGGACCCCCAAGAGAAACGAGGCUGAAGCCUUGCCCCGGCCUGGCCUGAUCGCCCCUUGGGGACCCCUGUGCUGAGCACUCUUUCUUCCCAACCCCUCCCCCCACCCCGGA